CGUCGCAGCCGCCGCGCGAGCGCGCGGUCGCCCGGCAUGAGCUCAGCGCACUCGCCCGACGAUUUCUUCUACGAUGUCGACGAAGCCUAUGUGACGAACCAGACCAUGUCCAAGUACAAGACGGCCGGUGCCAACGACGCGACGCUGACCAAGCUCCCGCCCGAGCACGUGGCCCUCGCGCGCUGCCUCGGUGGGGACAUUUGGAUGGGCGAAAUGACCACGACGAACGCCCGACUCGCGCUUCGCCGGGCGCCGCGCCUUGCGGGCGACCACAUCACCGACAGCUUCUUCCAGGGCGUCAAGGAGAUGGCGCGGCUGUCGCACCCGAACCUCGUCGCGUACCUCGGCGUCACGUGUCUCUCGGGCACGGACAUUUACGCGGUCGCCGAGUUCCAGGACAAGGGCAGCCUCGCAAAUGUAUACCAGACGGUCCCGCUGACGUGGGACAUUCAACUGCGCAUGGCGAUCGACGUGGCUGAAGCGAUUCACUAUCUGCACACGCUCUUGCCGUCGCCGGUGCCGUGCGAGCACCUCAAGAGCUCGAUGGUGCUCGUCGGCGCCAACUACAGCUGCAAACUCAACAUCUUUCACUUCAUGGCGUCCUUCAAGGCCAGCGUCCUGUGCAAGGAAAUGUACGGCGCCAACCGCAUUGCGUGGAAGGCGCCCGAAGUGCUCAUCAACGAAUGGAAGAACUUUUUGGCCGCCGACGUCUACUCGCUCGGCGUCGUCCUCGCCGAGAUUGGCACGACGACGCGGCCGUUCGACAAGGAGAUCUCCGAGGUCGGCAUGGUGCAGACUGACGUGUGGAUCCUCGACAACGUCAUGGCCGGGCGCGGCGUGCCGCCUCCGUUUGACGUCAAGAGCGUCAAGUGGAUCAACCUCCCAGAGUCGUUCCAGAAGCUCGUGAUUGCGUGCUUGGAUCCGGUGCCGAGCCGGCGCCCGAACUCGGGCAUUGUCCUCCAGCGCCUCAAGGACCUCAAGACCUCGAUCCACACAGCCGAGUUGUAAGUCGUGUGGUAGCUUUGAUAUUUGAAGAAAUCCCGUGUAUGGAUGCUUGGUCCAGAAAUCGUUGAUGCGAG